AUGAUCUCCAAUACAUCUCUGAUUAAUUUAUUCAAAGAAGUAGGUGAAUAUGGAGUUUCUUACAUCACAACUAGGAAACUAAAUCAAGAUGUCGUGGAAAACCUAUUUAGUUUUCUAAAAGGGAUAAACGUUUCAGCAAGUAAUUAUAUAACAGCACUUGAUUUUAUGUCUUGGUAUGUUUAAUAUGAAAAUAUAAUUAUAUAUUUAUUUUACCAUUUUUAUUGAAUUUCCAUAUAAAAUUGCCACUUUAUAUUAGUCUUAAGUGGUACAUUUUAGGUAAAAAUUUAAAUGUCGUAUUUAUCGAAAAUAGAAGUACAGAGAAUGGAGUAAAGGAGAGUUUUCUUGAUAGCUCUGAAUGUUUAACUGGUGAAAUCAUAAAAAAUGUAUACCUUUUACCUAACACCUCAUGUGAAGGACCAAAAAUAGACUGUAUCCAAGGUGAAGUUGAAACUGAUUUGGGAACUGCAAGAGUUCAAAUUUCCAAUAAUAGUAUUGAUUUACUGAAACAAUUUGAAUUUGAGGUAGGCACCAACAAUAAAAUAAAACUAACAAUAAAUUUUAAUAAAUAA